UCGCGCUGCCAGGCUCGCGGUGCGCAGGCGCGCAGAUCUGCCUCCAACAACAAGAAGCAGGAGCGAGGCAACAUGGCCGACCUGGGGAAGAAGUACUGCGUGAACUGCCUUGCAGAUGUUACAAAUCUGCGGCUUCGCUGCACCGACUGUCCUGAUAUCGAGCUGUGCCCGGAGUGCUUCUCGGCGGGCGCAGAAAUCGGGAACCACCGGAGAUGGCACGGCUACCAGCAGGUCGACGGCGGUCGCUUCUCUCUUUGGGGUCCCGAGGCAGAGGGAGGAUGGACCAGCAGGGAAGAGCAGUCGCUGCUCGAUGCUAUCGAGCAAUAUGGAUUUGGAAACUGGGAGGACAUGGCUGCUCACGUCGGAGCAUCCCGAACUCCCCAGGAAGUCAUGGAACACUAUGUCACCAUGUACAUCCAUGGAAACCUGGGUAAGGCCUGCAUCCCUGACAACAUUCCCAACCGGGUGACUGACCACACCUGCCCAAGCGGGGGCCCUCUGUCGCCCAGCCUCACCACCCCCCUUCCUCCGCUGGAUAUCAGCCUGGCUGAGCAGCAGCAGCUGGGCUACAUGCCGCUACGCGACGACUACGAGAUCGAGUACGACCAGGAUGCGGAGAAGCUCAUCAGCGGGCUGUCUGUGAACUACGACGACGAGGACGUGGAAAUAGAAAUGAAACGCGCCCACGUGGACAUGUACGUGCGCAAGCUCCGAGAGCGCCAGCGACGUAAGAACAUCGCCCGAGACUACAACCUGGUGCCUGUGUUCCUGGGCCGAGACAAGAAAGACAAGGAGAAGGAGAAGCCGGGAGCGCUGGGAGUCAUAGGCACUGCUGGUGGUGUGAUUGGGGCUGGGGCUGGCGGUGUUACAGUUGGAUCUGGUUCCACGACAGCAGCAGGGUCAGGUCCUGUUCCAAGUACGCCCAAAAGAAAGAUCACCAAGGAGGAGAAGGAGCAGCGGGUCAGGCUUCGGGGGCUCUGCCAGUUCAUGGCCCAUCGGGAGUUUGAAGACUUCUUUGAGAAUAUGCAUAAAGAGCGCGUGCUGAGGGCCAAGGUGCGUGAGCUGCAGCGCUACCGCCGCAAUGGCAUCACCCGCCUGGAAGAGUCUGCUGAAUACGAAGCAGCGCGCCACAAGCGGGAGAAACGCAAGGAGAACAAAAGCGUGGUCACCUCCAAACGGGGCAGCGGAGGAGGGGGCGGCCUCGGUUCCGGGAUGGGGCUCGGGGGCGCGGCCGGAGGCGGAGGAGGCAUUGCCGGGGGGUUGGGGGUUGGAGGUGGGAUCAAAGAAGAGGGCAAAGACGGCGAGUUUGCCGCAAUCGAGAAUCUGACGGGCUUUGAGCUGCUGUCGGACAGGGAGAAGGUGCUGUGUAACUCUCUGAACCUCAGCCCGGCACGCUACCUAACUGUCAAAACCAUCAUCAUCAAAGAUCACCUGCAGAAAAGGCAAGGCAUCCCGGCCAAGAGCCGACUGCCCAGCUACCUGGACAAGGUCCUCAAGAAGCGCAUUCUCACCUUCCUCACAGAAAGUGGCUGGAUAUCCCGGGACGCCUCUUAGCGACCCAUCUCUGAUCGGGAAAUAGCAAGCUGAUGAUCACACUCCGUAGGCGGGAUCAGACUGAAAUGGCUGUCACCAUUUUCUCAGAGGUGGCCUUGUGAAUAUGUACAUUGCAAACAAUGAGGAUGCCCCACUGGAAAAUAAUAUAUUUUCAUACCAGGGCUAGGAAUAAAAAAAAAGCCUAUAUUUUUUUCAUCUGAAAUGGAACGGAGGUGAAAAACAACUGUGGGUUCUAGUGUCCAUAUUGUUACUACAUGGUGAUAACCACAAAGCUAACAGGUAUUACAUAGUUGAAGAUAUAUUUUAGUGUUAAUGCAUCAGGCUCACUGACGAUGUCUAUGGAGAAACACUAUUUUGUAACCAAACAGCGAGAAGGAAGUCGUUUCAUGCUGAAAAGAAGGUGGAAUAAGACGAGGAGUCAUUUUUUGGGCUGGAUGUUUGACAGCGUGGCGCUGAUGGGUGACAGAAGUGAUCACUCUUGUGGCUGUGGAUGUUUUUCAGGAUCUCUCAAACUCAAAACCUAGUUUGGUCAACUUUGUUAGAUGUGUCAUCAUUUAGAGCUUAAACCAUUUUAAAGCCUUCAGUUCCUAGAAAUUGUCAAGCAGCUUGAGUAAAGUCUCAAUUCUCUGACCAGUUUUUUCCACCUUGUUGCCUGCUUAAAGCAGGAGGGUUCGACCGCCGUGUAGCUUUCUCUGGACUGAGCACUCGAUGCGGUCGGACAGAUAUAGGUAUAUACACAUCAGCUGUGCUGAUAUAUCUGCUGAUGUCACCUUAACGCUGAUAUCAGUAUUGGCCACAUAUGUCAGCCAGUAAGUAACAAAAUGCCAAAGAAUUCGUUAGGAUAUAAUUAGAUCAGUGUUUACAUUACAUCGUCUGUCCACCAGAGAGCGCUGGCAAGUUUAUUUUUCAAUUAAAAUGUCCUGCUCAGUACAUAUAUGUUCACAAUUCAUCAAAAACCAAAUUUAAAGGAUCAUUGUCAAAAUUAUGGUUAUGUAUAUAUGUUGGAAAAAUGAACACUGGUUGAUAUUUGACUCCUAAGCCACCGAACACUUGACUGCAACACUUACAUAUUUCUCUAUAACAAGAACUAUUCAUGCUAAAUAGGCAGCAACCUAAGUUUAAAAGCAUCUUCAGGUAUUAUCUGUUAGGAGCUCAAUACUCAAAAACUCUGCUUCGUGGUAUCUGCUUUAGACUCACUUUAAUGGUCGCACAGAAAUAAUGUGACAUCACUCUUUACCAACUGACCAACUAACCAAUCACAUGUGAUGGACGGUGACCAAACAACCAAACACCAACUGCCUGCACAUUUGCGACAUUGAAAUGUUGCUUAAUCCUGAUUGGUGCCCAGAAUUUAUGCAACAUCAUCUCAACUGAGCCCCGCCCCCUUCAGAUCAGCGAGAAGAGCACAGAAAAAAAAUACAAGAAAACUUUAAUCGUUGACAGGAAAUAGUGAGUUUAUGUAUGAUGCCAUUAACCUUAGUGAGAAAAUACGUUUUCAGGGAUGUUAAAUAUCAACACAAGUAUUGACCUGAAAAAAAUCUAAAUGAGUUUUGAAGGAGUUUUUUUUUUUUAUUUGACCUGAAGUGUAUUGAUUUUCACAGAAGCUCGUCUUUAAAUGCUUUAAAUGUUCUGCUGUCCACAUGGUACAGUGCAGGUAAAGAAGGUGAAUGUGUUUGGGCAUUAACCAACAUUAACCAAUGAUACUCAAAAAGGCUGAAGUACAGUUCCAGGAUUCUCGUUAUUGUGCGUGUGCAUGGUGCAUUGCCUUAAAAGUGGAGCUUUGCCUUUUUCUUUUUUCUUUUUUUUGUGGUCAAGAGGAAUGAGGCUUGAGGUUCUGAUGUGAGCUUGUGGAUCAGCGGUGGAGGGUGUUAUAAUCAGGUCAUCUUAGUCAUGUUUCAUCAACGUCGUGCUCCAAACCAUGCGUCAUCGUAGGCAGACUCUACAGCUGCUUUCAUAGGAUAACUGGCUUCUUCUUUAUUUCUCUUAUUGUCGGCAAGUCCCAUUAAAAGACCCACAAUGAAUUGAUUCAGCUGCCAAGCCUUGUCUGGCUGUCCGAAGCCUGAUAAAAAGAUAAAAAGCUCAUCACUGAGUGCUCUGACAUGUUCCUCAUGGCCGUGAACGCACACACCGUAGCCCACCAUUUGCGUAUUAAUCCGCAGCUGAAACUAGUCCCAAACAAAUGCACUAUUUCCUCGUGGUGGAGUGGCGUUUGUUAAAAAACUACAGUGCCCAGCUGUUUCAGGAAAUUACUGAGUCCUUUUUAAAAAAAUAUAAGUAAAUAUUAAUGACACAUUCUUCUGGAAGAUUUACAUCUUCCAUAGGAACCAGUGGGAAAAGGGGAGUUGGAGAGUGGGAUUUAGUUGGCAGUGACACAGCUAUUGUCAUUCUCAGUGCUUUUCAGGAGAUGUAAAGUGAGAGGAAGACAUUUGCAACCAUCCUUUCAGCGUUCAUAGUGGGUCGCCUCCAGUACGUGGACUUGUUCCUCAGAUUAUUGCAGCUUCAUGUUAACCCAACAUGUUCUGAUUGGAAUUGGAUGUGUUGGCUGAAGCUGCGGUGAAGUAUGAGCGCUGUGUGUGCGGCAGAAUGACCUCGACAGGUGACGCUUGUUUCCAGCCAUCACACCAAACGGCGAAGACCUCGAUCAGUCGGCCGAAUUUGAUGUUUCUCAUUUGUUUGGAUGUCACCUUCGAUUUUUUUUUCUCCUCCCAGAUUUGACAGUGGGAUAGUUCUGCACGUGCAACCAAAUGCACAUCGUUUCAGAAUGGUGUGUCAGUGUAAAUAUCUCAAAGAAAAAGUGGCGUUUUGAUUUGUUUUUUGUAAGGAGGGGCGUUGCUUUCUUAAUGUCAGGAAGUGUAAAUAAGUUUGUAAGAUAAAUUGGAAAAAGAAAACUAUAAUUACUGACCUGUGAAAUGUACAGUAUUUUGUGUCAUGGAAAUUUUUUAUAGCUUUUGUAAUAAAACAAAACGAUUUUGGAUGACAAACCUGGAUUUUGUGAAGCGUUGGCAUAGUGAUGGCAUGCUGUUGAGCUGUCUUUGAUCUGAGCUGUUC